GCUGUUGUUUCCGGUGGCCAUGUUGAUUUUGUUAUAAAAUAAUAUUUUUGUUAGGAAACUGCAACAGAUGUCGUAGCUCAAAUAAUCGGAUACAAUCAACGCUUUUUAUCAACACUCAACUUAUAAUAUACAAGAUGCCGUUCGCUUUUCUUGGACAAACAAUACCCGUACCUAGUUUGAGAACUUACACAGUGAUAUCAAUCAGUUUAAUAGCUUUGGCAAUGUAUUAUUCGUAUGAUACAGCUAUUGAGUUCAGAGACUCUAUAGAGAAAAAGGCUAACAAAAGUAUAAGUCCCUCGGACUUACCGUUUGUCAAUCAGAGAUGGCCCAUUGAUAAAUCCAAAAAUACCAGUGAUUUAUCCGGUGAAGAGAAGUCUCUUGAAGAUGACGGAAAAGAUUUAAACAAUACAGGUAUUGUUUUAAAAGGAGAAAGUCUAUCCGUAGACAUGGCUCUUGUACUACUCCAGGAAGGAUGGUGCACUAUAAUUGUCAUUAACAUGUGUUAUUGUAUGUUACUAUUGCUUGGAAAGUGUUUACAAGUGGUUUUUUUUGGUAAACUGCGUGUGAGUGAAAGGCAACAGAUAAAGGAGAAGGUUAUGAAUUUCAUUUUCUACAAAUUCAUUUUUGUCUUUGGGGUACUUAACGUACAAAGAGCUGAAGACGUCGUCUUGUGGAUAGUAUGGUUUUCUGUUCUUCUCUUCUUAACAGUAUUCUGCCUCCUUUGCCGGGAGCGUUUUGACUAUUUAGCAUCAUCGCCAACAACCCGGCUAAGGCUACAUCUAAAAGUGUUAUUAUUGUUGUCAUGUAUAUUUCUUCUAUCUCUCUCUAUGAUUUAUGCUGCCUAUUAUCUAGGCUCAGCAACGGACUGGAAUACUUUAGCAUUUUUAGCGGCAGAAGCUUUAUUAUUAUUUUGCAAGUGUACGUUAGGUUUAGUAAAAUAUGGUAUUCACCUGUAUGACACAUUUGGAGCCAGUGUUUGGGAAAGACGUCAUUCAGCUAAUUAUUACGCCGACUUUAUCUUAGAAAUGGCAUACUCACUCAUAGAUUUCCUUCACCACUUUCAUAUGCUUUUCUGGGGAAACGUCUUUUUAUCUAUGGCCUCUCUCGUAAUAUUUAUGCAAAUCCGAUAUCUAUUUAGUGAGAUUCUUAGAAGAUGGAAUCGGCAUAGCAAUUACAUGAGAGUUGUCAGAAGUAUAGACUCUAAAUUCCCAAUCGUUACUGAUAUUGAUGAAUCAGAUUGUCAAUGCGCUAUAUGUUGGGACAAAAUGGAAUCUGCUCGUAAACUACCUUGUAAGCAUCUUUUCCAUAGAACAUGUUUGGGAUUAUGGCUAGAGCAGGAUACCUCUUGUCCAACAUGUAGACUGUCAAUCAUUGACGAAUCGGCAAGAAACAAUACUAAUGCAGCUCCAGAAGUUGCUGGUAGUAGACUUUUCUCUUUCGACUUUAUGAAUUCUGGAGCCAACCACGCAUUUCGAUUUGAUGGGUCAAGAUAUAUUAGCUGGCUUCCAAGUUUGUCGGUAGAAGUUACUCACACUCAUAUGAGAGGACCAGUUUUGCGAAGAGGAAAUGUGAAUAGACCUAGAUACAGCUCGCAUUUACAAAAUAUGGCAAGACAAGUCAUGACUAUAUUUCCAGAUUCUGAUAUUAAUGCAGUUCUGGAAGAUUUGAGCGAAACUCAUUCGAUGGAGACAACUGUCGGUAAUAUUGUGGAAGGUCGAUUAAGAAUGAACUCAUCAAGCCCCGAAGAAGAACAUCUUGAACAGACAAUGCUUACUGAAGAAUCUGAAGACAAACCAUCCGAUACUGUAAACGAUACUGUCGAAGUCAGCGAACCAGUUGACCAACAGGUACCCAGUACAAGUCUAUAUAGCGAACCAAAAGUGGAGACACCAACUUGCGGUCAUCGAUUUUCCAAAUCUGCUAGUGAAAGACAAGAAAUUUUAAGACGUAAUAAAAUGGUUAUGCUAGAAAAGGCUAGAAGAAACUACAUGCAGAAACUGGGACAAAGAGUUUCAACCAGUACGGAGGGAUUAAUUAAACGCAAAUGA